UUACACACAAGUCAGGGGGCGGAAGAAAGGAGAAAGGAGCACGAGUCGAGGAGUCGACUGCACCAGCAAGGAGCAAGGAAGGAAAACAAAGGGACUGGGAGGACCAACAAGUUGCCAACCCCAAACCAAUCAGGAACCCAAUUCCCAGGAAGUGAAAGCAGCAAAACGGCAGCCGUGGAUACCAACGCGCUGCGCAGCUCAGCCACUGUGAAAGUGACGUCGGCGCCGCCGCCGCCGCCGCUGACGCCGCUGCCCCCCUCGACGACGACGCCCCUGACAAUUUGUCAGCCGCCCCCGCCCACUCCGCCCUACCAGCGGCUAACCAAAGCGCUGCAAUGCGAUCCGCGCUGCGGCCACGAGGUAACCAUCGGCCGUCGCAUUGGCCUCUACAGAUUUUGUGGCGACAUCGGACGCGGCAACUUCUCCAAAGUGAAACUCGCUGUCCACCAGCUGACGCGUGACAAAGUGGCCAUUAAGGUGGUAGACCUGGAUCGGGCCGGCCUCGAUGCCAAGGCGCUGCGGAUGCUGUCCAGCGAGAUAGCCACCCUCGAGUGUGUUCAUCACCCCAAUAUACUGAGGCUUUUCGAGGUGGUCGAGACUUUGGGACGGGUCUAUCUGGUCACGGAAUGGAUUCGUGGCGGUGAGCUCUACAACCACAUUACCCAAGGAGGUCCUCUGAGGGAGAUUCAUGCGGCUCCUUUGUUGAAGCAGCUCUUGCUGGCCGUCAAACAUAUGCACAGCUUGGGCUACGUGCAUCGAGAUAUUAAGGCGGAAAACGUCCUGCUGCUCUCGGAAGACCGCCUGAAGCUGGCCGAUUUCGGUUUCAGCACCCAACUUAUCAAUGGUGCCAAUCAGAAGCUCGACACGUUCUGCGGCUCGCCUCCGUACGCCGCGCCCGAGCUCUUCUCCGAUGACCAUUACAUCGGAGCCCCCGUGGAUGUGUGGGCCCUCGGCAUCCUGCUCUACUUCAUGGUGGUUGGGAACAUGCCCUUCCGGGCACCCACCAUUCCCGGCCUGAAGUCGGCCAUUCUCAAGGGCGACUAUCUGCUGCCCGGUCAGCUCAGCCUGCCCUGCAUAAGACUAAUACAACGCAUCCUGAUCCACAUACCCGCCCAUCGGCCCACAAUCGACGACAUGCUGAACAGCCAGUUUAUAACCUGUCCCAAACUGAGUGCGGACCUGAUGCAGUGGGAGAUCAACCAGCACAGCAAGCCGGUCAAGCGAUCCAUCUUCUGGGUGCGCAGCAAAUCGCAUCGGCUGAGGAAGUCCGCCUCUCUAAGGGAUCGGUAUGCGGAGGUGGUCAAGAAGCCGGCCAUCAGCAUGAACACCCGGCAGCAGGACGAGAUGUUUGUGCAGAAUUUCCUGCAGCCCAUUGAGAUUGGGCACGAGCUGAUGCUCCAGGGAUCUGGUCAGCUGAAGGAACCGCAAACCACCGAACAGGCCAAGCGCCCAACCAGAAGAUACAUGUUCUGUGGCAGUCUCAAGAAGAAGGUGACGCCCAUGGAAACGGAGCCGGAGAAGCAGUUGGCCAACGGAGGCCAGUGCGGAUCGGCCAAGAUCAAUCCGUGGAAUGUGGAGGUGGCCGAGGAUUGUCCCCUGUUCAAGAACUACGACGCUGAGACGGGCAGCUGCGUCAUGUUGCCCACCAACACCGAGGAUCUCAGCCAGCUGGGCGCACUGGAGUUCGAGGCGCGGCAAAUCUUGGCCGAACUGGGACUCUCCUCCGAGAUGCUGAUCAAUGCCAGGCAGAGUGGACCCCGUUCCGACAUCAUUGGUGCCUACAGGAUCGUGGUCAAUCGGUUGCAGAAGCAGUCGUGGCUGGCACGGAAGCACGUGGAGAUGGCCCUCCACAGCGAGCCCAAGGCGGAGAAGCGGAUUGAGAGGUCGUGCUGCAUACUCUAAGACAUCCGCGAAUAGUUGUUGAAUGUUUAAAUUACUCUACUGGUUCUACUGGUCCUGGAGUUCACCCGAAAGGAAAGGCAAACUCGGUUAUCUGUGGCAUUAUAACAGAGUUGUUUCCUUAAAGCUUCCUUGGAAGAGCAAGGGAUAGGUUCAAAGAACUUCGAGUUGUAUUAAAGGUAGCUUCAAAUAAAUCUUUUAUAUUAGAGGCUUGUCUAUUUCAUGUAGCUUUUUAUUAAGAUUCAAUAUCCUAGUUGUUAUGAUUGAAAAGAUACCGAAUUUCAGGCAAAGUAUUGAGAUUAGCAAAUUUUAGUGUGAAUACUCGUAGAGAAAAAUUGCUAUAUUAAUUGGAUAUAGAGAAGAGUUCUUUAAUAUUUCCCGAAAAGCAUAAAUAAAUCGAAGAGGCUUAGAAAGUCAUAACUAGAUAAAUAAAAUAUAAAUGUUUCGCUUGAAUACGAAUAGAAGGAAGGAAAAUUGUAUGCUUUGUGCUGCGGCAGCACGCAAAUCAAUGAAAUGUGGAAAUCCAAAUGGAUGUUUGCGAAAAUCCGUGUUUGCCUUUCUGCGGGGACGAAGCCAGGAGACCGCAGAACAAGCCCAAUUAGUGUCAAUUUGCCAGCUGCAUAGGCGCGAGUUUGUUGUUAACGUAUGUAGUUUCCUGCAUUCAUUCCUUGGUUACUCAGUCGAGAAUGUUCCUUAUUUCGUGUAGCUUCAGUUCGUCCAACCGUUGAGUCCAGUGGCGGUUAGCAAAGUUGAUAUAUACAUAUAUA